GGGAGCCAUCUGGCGAUCGGAACGUACCGAGGUCAUGUACAGAUCUGGGAUAUUACCAAGAGCUCAUGUAUCAGUUCGCUUACCGGUCACUUGGCCCGUGUGGGAGCUCUUGCAUGGAAUGCAGAUCUAUUGGCUUCUGGUAGCCGCGAUCGUUACAUCCUUCUUAGAGAUACGCGCGCAUCAGCCACGACUGGCGGUGGCACUUCGGAGCCGGUGCGCAAUCUGUCAGUUCCAUCCACCGUGACAACUGUUCCUUCCAUAACAACACAUUCAGAUGGAUUGGACGAGCAGUCCGAGGUAGAUGACGAAGACCAUCCGCCUGUCGGGGAUCAACGAGUCACAGAACUUAUGGAUACAAGUUCUGAUGAUCUGCUCUCUCCGCCACCGGAUUCCACUCCUAUGGUGACCGAUUCUACCCGGCCACAAACGAAUGAGACUCACAAUACCGUUCGCUCGGAGUCCGGUCUAGUUGGUGCUAAUCUGGACUCAGUUUUACCGUGGUCUUUACCGUCUAGUUUGAUGCGCACUCCAUCGGUGGUAACCAAUUCCACGUCUUCACAAAAUACGGAAGUGGUAAAUGAUCGAAUUGUUAGAGGUGCAGUGCGCGUGUUGAAAGACCAUCGCCAGGAAGUAAGUUUCGAUCAUUCAUAG